AUGAAGAGCAUCACAAUGCUGCCAUCUGUGAUUUCCGUCUUAUUUUUCCUGCUCUAUGCAGUGAACGCUGUUCCGCUGGCGCCCCGGGCGAGCGCGCUCGCCGGGAUCGACACCAAGUCAUUCUCUAAGACCAAAGAUUAUCCUCUUCCCAACUUGGGCAACAUCGUCGCCCAUGACCCUAAUGUCGUUCAACAUGACGGCUAUUUCUACUUGUACAAAGGUGGUGUGCACAUCCCGAUUCACAGAGCUCGCUCCCUCAGUGGGCCUUGGGAACAGGUCGGCACUGUCCUGGACGAGUCCAGCGUGAUCCAGAAGCAAAACCGCUCUCGUCCUUGGGCGCCUACGACCAUUCAGCACGACAACCGUUUCUACUGCUUCUACGCGAUUAGCGAGAACGGCAGUCGCGACAGCGCCAUUGGAGUCGCCUCUUCGGACACUCCCACCGGUGGAAACUGGACGGAUCAUGGCGCUGUUGUCAACACCGGCAAGGGAGACCUGUCGGACAUCUAUCCCUACUCGGUCUCCAAUGCGAUUGACGGCGCAUUUAUCACCGAUCAAGAGACUGGACAGUCUCACCUGCUUUACGGGAGCUACUGGCAUGGCAUCUUUUCGGUGCCAUUGGCUGAUGAUCUCCUCUCCGUCAAAACCCCGAAGACCCCGAACGCGACCAACCUGGCCUACAUCCCAGACGCCAAGUCGAAGCCUAUCGAGGGCUCUUUCAUGACUUACAAGGAGCCUUACUACUAUCUGUGGUUCAGCCACGGCAAGUGCUGCCACUUUGAUAUUCACGCUUUUCCGCCCAUGGGAGACGAGUACAGCAUCCGAGUCGGCAGAUCCAAGAGCGCGACAGGUCCUUUCGUGGACAAGGAUGGCCAUGAUACCCUCAAGGGAGGCGGUACCAUCGUCUACGGAUCCAACCAUGGAGUUGUCUAUGCCCCCGGUGGUGUGGGCGUGUUGAUCAACAACGGCAGCGACGCGGAUGUCUUGUAUUACCAUUAUCUCAACACUACAUCUGGUUUCGCACAGGGCGACGCUCAUUUGGGAUGGAACUAUCUGCACUAUGUAAAUGGAUGGCCAGUGGCUGUCGAGGGUAAAUCUAGCAUAAACGCUACAUCAACCGAAAGCAGUGGUCGGGCUACACAACCGAACCACUCGCUCAAUUCACUAGCGCUUCUGUUCAUUGGUGCAUUCCUUUGGCUCUACAGUUGA